UUUUUUUUUUUUUUUAUCUUUUUAUCUUAUUUUUUGGCUUUACACGGUUCCUGAAAGUUUUUGAAUCUCACAUGACACAAUCAGAAGUGGUACUUCCUCCACCGACUCGAGAGUAUUCGUCCACGGGGGAUUUCGGUGACUUUGACAAUGACGAUCUGGAUGAUCUGGAAGGUUGGACGACAGCCGACUUUAUAUCCGAGAAUGACUUUGACAUGAUCGACAUGCUUUCGGCGGCCCUUGAACAGGUGUCGAGUCAACUGGACGAAAAACAGCGUGAAUUCCGGGUCAAGUCAAGUGAAUGGACAAGUAAAACCAAGGAACAAUUGCGAAAACAAACCAACAAGUUGGAAAACCGCAAAAUCCGCAUUCAGGAGCAACUGAAACGACACUACAAUGCCAUCGAUCGACGAAUGAACAAGGAUGCCAAGACCGUACAGUUGCGUGACAAGAUUUCGUUUGUGAUUGGCGUUUCGAAUGCGUGCGUUGCGCCGGCCUUGGCCCUACGAUACCCUAGCUGGAUUCCCGGCUUUUACAGUACACAGCUCGUGCUGUUGCUGACGUUGCGCUAUGUGAUUUAUCGAUCCAAACGGUGGCAUUACUUUAUUUUUGACAUGUGUUAUUUUGUCAACGGAAUGAUGAUACUGUUCUUGCAAGCGUUACCCUGGAGCAAGGAACUGUUUAUCGCUAUUUUCUGUCUUACCAAUGGUCCGGUCGCGUGGGCUAUUGUCACAUGGCGGAAUUCGUUGGUUUUUCACUCGCUCGACAAGGUCACCUCCGUCUUUAUCCACAUUUUCCCUCCUCUCGUCACCUACAUUAUCCGAUGGAUGCCGGAAUUGCAAACGGACAGUUACUGCAGCAGUUCCGACAUUGCCAAAGCUUACCGCGAUGCUCGAUUCCCCGCUUUGGCUGAACUAUCUCAUAUGCGAUUCAAGGAUGCCAUGAUUUACUCAACGUUGGCAUACGCAGUAUGGCAAGCAUUGUAUUUCAUUUUCGUGAUGGUCAGACGACGCGAAAAGGUCGAAUCGGGUUUACGACUGACUUCGUAUUCAUGGUUACUCAACGAUACCCAUGGCAAAAAAGGAUUCAUCCAAAAAGCGGCGUUUUGCUUUGGAUCAAAGUACAAGCUGCAUAUGUUUAUGUUGCUUCAAUUGGUGUACAACGUAGUGACCUCGAUGCCGACAUAUCUUUUGUACAAAUACUUUUGGCUACACUCGCUAUUUCUCAUCGCCAUGUUUGCUACGAGCGUAUGGAACGGUGCCACGUAUUACAUUGAAGUGUUCUCAAGGCGAUACAUUGUGGAGAUCGAACGGAAAAUGGUGGAGAACGAAACUAAACAGGUGGUAGCCGUGGAGAAACAGCAGUCCGUACCCAAUACCGAUAUCCCUCAUGCCCAAUAAUCAUUGGUACUCCAUCCUUUUCCUUUUUGUAUUUAUACUAAUAGCGUCUCUAUUCCCCUGGGGUUAAAAUAUCUCUCUCUCUCUCUCUCUUUUUUUUUCGUUCACAUGCAUCCGAUUUGGUGCGCACUAUGACCUUUAGGGUUUUUUCCUAAUUUGCGUAAUAU